AUGAGUCGUGGACAUCGAAGUAGAUGUCAUCUGCCCCUGGUGAUCGAGCUGACAUGCAUCGUAGCUGGGGCUACUGCAGCUUUACGUCUAUUUGGGUCUAGGGAAAGGUCUAGAGCUUCUUCGACAUCGAGUGGUUAUGCUUCUUCAACGCAUCCUUGCCAGAGGCAAAGUGUGGUCAUUGCUCUAGGCAUUGAGGCAUUGAUUCCUAGUGGAUUUCUUGCUGAUGUCGGUGGGUUAGAAAACACACUAAGCGAAAUUGAGGCAAUACACUUACACUCUUCGAAAAUAAUCUCUUCUGUGGUGGAUGCUUCUCUGUAUCUUCGCUGCAUCUGCCAUCCAAGAGUACAAGAAUCAAGUAGCAAGGGUUUCCACGCAUUUUCAGACGGUGAGAAAUCCUUAAUCAUCCCGAGGUUUCCGAGUGCCAUGAACUUGAUGUUGGGGGAUUCUUGUUACACUUAUCGUUCUAUAUCUAAUGUGUCACAUGCAGCGGGCAGACAUGGAGUGUCACACAAGGUUGAAUCUACCAUCGAAUCCGGAGGAAGCUACGAAAUCCCAAUGGAUGGCAAGGCAAUACACUCAUUUAGGUGA